AUGGUUGGUGUUUCUAAAUCCAAGGCAUGCGCCGAUUGCAAACGACGCCGCGUCAAGUGCGACCUGACGUCGCCUCGGUGUCAGCGUUGCACCAAGGCCGGUAUUAUCUGUCGUGGAGUUGGCAAACAUCCUACCCUAUGGGUCCAUCGGACUCCGACGCAGCUCAAUGUUUCCGCCCUCUCGGUCAUACAAUCGCAGCAGCAGACGAACUGGUUGAGCGUGCUACAACGGAUGCGCUGUCAAAUAAACUCGAAAGGAGCAUACGAUAUACCAACUUUUCGAUCACAAGCGCUUUCCAUUGCAGUCAACAUUUACUUUCCUCAAGGGCGAUACACCACGAGCGAGGAAGACCAUAGUUCAACGCCAUCCUCGUGGCUCAAGGCUGUGUGUAAAAUGGAAGGCCCUAGCGAAGCUUUGGACUACUCACUUGUUGCGUUUGUUGCGAUUCAGAUUAGGCUGUCCGGUGAAGUGGGCGUGUCUUACGACGAGGCCAUUGAGCUAUACAACCAUGCACUAUCCAAGGUUAUUCACGUUCUUGACUGUCCUUGCGUACUAGGGAAAAACGACGAGAGUAUUGCCGCUAUUGUGAUUCUAUCCACUUGUGAGCUCUUCCUUUUUCAUGCGAGCACGAGCUGGAAUGCUCACGCGCAAGGCGUAUCUGAGAUCCUUCGUCAUCGAGCUGUCCCUGACACAAAUACUGCGAGCUGGAACGACUUGUGUCGACGUCUCUGCGUGAUAUGUGUCAUUCAAGCCCUGUCACAGAAGAAGCCUCUCAAUCUUGAACCCAAGCUUUGGCGAGAGCACAUUGGCCCGUGGGCUGCCCCAGAUUCCUUCGGUGCAUUCCUCGACAUGACCAUCGAUAUCCCGUCAGUCAUGGCUGAAGCUUAUGGCCUGGCCUCAAGUGAUGAGGCAGAUGGUGAAAGAUUGUCAAGAUACAUCGAUCUUCUGACUGAGAAGUUCUAUCUUCUUGAGAAUUGGCGAGCCCUUGUACAUCGCAACAUAGCGGUACGCAACCAAACGCCGCUAUUCUGGUCUGUUCCCUCUAGAGCGAGUAAUCCAGCAGACGAUGGAUAUCCAGAUAAGCUAUUUCCAUUCGCCCUGAUGUUUUCAUCUGUGGAGGGCGCCAGUCCAUGGAUUCUAUGCUGCAGCAUCAUGUUAGAUAUCAUUGAGACAAUCCUGCUGCUUCGCGCAAAGGCUGCAAGCCUGGGUGUUUCCCCAUCCCCUAGCGAGUGCCCGGAUGGCUUUACACAGAAGGGCUCACCGACCCAGGCAGAUGCUGACUAUAUCGCGCGUAUGAUGUGUCAAAGUAUCGAGUAUUGCUAUCGGAGUGAGAAUGGUACUUUCGGCCCGCAGAUAACAUGCAAUGCCCAAACGACUCUGCUGGGGUACUUUGCGGGUCGGGGUAUGAAGAGGGAGCUUGAGUGGUGUCGGGCGAUUAAAUACAUGAAGGGACCUGGGACGAGUUUUGGGAUUGAUCUGAUGCAGUUCAAGAAACCACCAGAGCUGUAG